AUGUCUUCUUCCGCCCUUCCCAAGACCUACAAGCAGGCUUCCUUCAAGGAACUCGGGGGUGACCUCGUCCUCGAGGAGGUCCCGCUUCAGCUCCCCGCUGCCGGGGAGAUCCUAGUCAAGGUAGAGGCCUGCGGUGUCUGCCACUCAGAUGUUUUCGCCAAGUACAACGCCUGGGGUGCUGGCUUCCCAAUGGUACCUGGCCACGAAAUCAUUGGCAAGGUCGCUGCCUUGGGCGACGGUGUCAGCGGCUGGACCGUCGGGGACCGUAUCGGUGGCGCCUGGCACGGCGGUCACGACGGCACUUGUGCCCAUUGCCAGAGUGGUCUCUACCAAUUCUGCGAGCCCUACGUAGUCACUGGUGUCACCAAGAACGGUGGCUAUGCGGAAUACUGCCUUGUGCAGUCCAAGGCAGCCGUCAGGAUUCCUGCAGACGCCAAUGCUGUCGAGUUCGCUCCCAUCCUCUGCGCUGGUUCCACCGUCUUCAGCGCCAUCAAGUCGGCCAACGUCACCCCGGGCGGCACCAUUGCGGUCCAGGGGCUGGGCGGCUUGGGCCAUAUGGCGGUGCAGUUCGCACGCAAGAUGGGGUAUCGCGUCGUGGCGGUAUCUCGCGGCCGCGACAAGGAGGCAUCGGUCCGUCAGCUCGGCGCCCACGAGUACAUCGACGCGACUGAGGGAGACGCAGGCGAGGCCCUCAAGGCGCUCGGUGGCGCUGACCUCGUGCUCACUACUGCCAUGGACACGGCUGCCAUGGUGCCCCUCAUCAAAGGUGUCGGCAUCUACGGCAAGAUGCUUAUUCUUAGCUUCCCUCCCAGCGGCGAGAUCACGCUCAACGCCCACGACAUGAUGAUGCGCGGUGUCUCUGUUCAGGUGUGGCCUACCUGCACGGCGCAUGAGUGUGAAAAGACUGUCGACUUUGCGCAUCUGAACGGCUUGAACUCUGCUGUUCAGACUUGGCCGCUGGACAAGGUUCAAGAGGCAUUUGACGCGAUGCUGAGCGGUAACGUCCGCUACCGUGCUGUCAUUACCAUGUAG